CAGUUUAGAUCGAAUGUUCUAAAUUUAAUGAGAUCCUACAGAAGUCGGUUUUUAAACUCCAUCUUUUCCAGUAUAUUGCUGAUUUUCUUACAGGUGUUUUUAUUGGUUUCAUUCAAACUUUUUUAUUUAUCUUUUUUUUAUUACAUUUAGUUAUGCAAAUGAGCUUUAAUAUCUGAUUAAAUGUUCAUAAAUUUGCACACUUCGCCUGUCCUGUUAGCUCACAGUCGAAUGCUUUAAUCAUUAAAGUGUUUUUAAUAUAUAUAUGUAUAUUUAUAAUAUAUAUGCACAAUACUGCGACGUCACGCAGAUUCCCAUUAGCACGUGCGUCAUUCGGGGACUUCUCCGCUCGCUCUGCGCAUGCGCUAAUCGCUCCCGCUGUCGCUUUAAAUGGGCGUGGCUUAUGUGUAUGGUCAGAUGUGAGCUGAAACUGACGGAGACUAAGGUCCUCUCCUGCAACCGGGAUUUAUUUAUCUCCUCCUCCGAGCGCACACACACACACACACACACACACACAUAUCCAUCCAUCCUCAUCCUCACACACACACACACACACACACACACUGCGGAAACAGCAGCAUGUCUGUAGCAGGUUUGAAGAAGCAGCUCCAUAAAGCCACUCAGAGGGUGAGUGAGAAAGUGGGCGGAGCUGAAGGAACCAAACUCGACAAUGACUUCACAGAAAUGGAGAAGAAGGUGGACGUUACGAGCCGAGCCGUGCUGGACAUCAUGACCAAAACUACAGAAUACCUACAGCCCAAUCCGGCGACCCGUGCUAAGAUGAGUAUGAUGAGCUCCAUGUCGAAGAUCCGUGGAGGUGAUAAGGGGCCGGGAUACACGCAGACGGAGACGGUGCUGGGCGAGGCCAUGCAGAAGUUCGGCCGCGAGCUCGGGGACGAGUCCAGCUUCGGUCUAGCUCUGAUUGAUGCUGGAGAAGCUAUGAGAGAGCUGGGUGAGGUGAAGGAUGCUUUGGACAUGGAGGUGAAGCAGAACUUCAUCGAUCCGAUGCAGGUGCUGCAUGAUAAAGACCUGAAGGAGAUCCAGCACCAUCUGAAGAAGGUGGAGGGUCGGCGUCUGGACUUCGACUAUAAGAAGAAGCGUCAGGGGAAGGUGACUGAAGAUGAAAUCAAGCAGGCGCUGGAGAAAUUCUACGACUCGAAGGACAUCGCUGAGCAGAGCAUGUACAACCUGCUGGAGAGCGACGUGGAGCAGGUGAGUCAGUUGGCUGCUCUGGUGCAGGCUCAGGUGAAUUAUCACAGACAGGCGGCGGAAAUCCUGCAGCAGCUCUCCAGCAAGAUUGAUGACAGAAUUCGAGAAGCUUCCAGUAAGCCGAGGAAAGAGUACACGCCCAAACCGCGCUCUUCACUCGACUUCUCCUCUACUGAGAGUCACAACGGGGGAUUGGGACACAGCCUAGCCGGCUCACGCUCCCCGGCUCCUCUGGAUCAGCCGUGUUGUCGCGCUCUGUAUGAUUUCGAUCCGGAGAACGAGGGCGAGCUGGGCUUUAAGGAAGGUGACAUCAUCACGCUGACCAAUAAGAUUGAUGAGAACUGGUAUGAAGGGGUGAUAAACGGCCAAUCAGGUUUCUUCCCUGUCAAUUACGUCGAUGUGUUGGUGUCUUUGCCGCAUUAAAUCCACCCUGAACCCUCGAUUCCUGUCCUGCACUUCUCCUGGAAAGAGAGAAAACUCAAUGCAGUAAUAAUUAAAGCAGAAAAGGAAAAUAUUCAUCUUUCUGUAUUCCCCCAUUUCUCUCUUCUCUCUCGUGUUCUGUACGUUUCUGAAAUUUCUCUCCUUUAUUUUCUGCUCUGUUUCAUCUUUGUGUAUUUUUCUCCGAUUCGGUCUCUUUCUUCGCUUUUCCUUCUCUCUGUUUCUCUCUUUCCUCCUUCUUUCUCUCUGUCGUGUUUGUGCAUGAUGUAAGAAGCGUUUGCACUUUUGAGGAAGUUUUAUGAUUUCCAGUUUUAUUUUGUGUGAUUGUGUAAAAAAAAGAAAAAAGAAAAAAAGAACAAGUAUUUUGUUGUUGGUGAAAUGUCCGUCGCCUCCGUGCAGAGAAACGGCGAGGUGAAAACAGCUCAUGUUUAGUUUCUUCCCUUUGAGCUUCGCUGACCUUUUAUUAGGAAAAUAAAAUUCUAAUUUCAUUAUGGCAAAUGGAUUAUUAUAUAUUUGUCAACUAUAAUAAUAAAUUAUUUUAAUACAUCUAUAAUUUAAUACAUAAAUACUUAGUAAAAUGUGAAUCCAUUAAAGUGAUGAAGGAUUAUUAUUAUUAUUAUUAUUAUUAUUAUUAUUAUUAUUAUUAUUUUCUGUUUGUGCAUGCGGAGUUUCACUCGAACGCAUUUCACACGGCUGUAACUUUGCUUUAUUUAAUUAUAAUGAUAAAUUUAAUCACAGUAUUAAGGGAAAAGAAUGUGAAAUUUAAACUGUGAAAAAAAUGCAAUAUUAAUAAACGCACAAAUCCGUGUGAACGUUAACGUUUCCUGCUGUUUCUGUGUGAAGUCAAACUUGAGAUUGUUCUUGAAUAAUAACCAAACUGUAAUUAAUCCCCAUAACCUGAGAGAAAAACAGUACAAAAGAAAUUAAAAAAAUAUAUAUAACCAAGCAGUGUGUAUUAUUUAGAUCAGAAUAUACUCUUACACUUUUUUAUUUUAUUUUAGAUUAAACAGUAUAAUUGUGUGUCCUGUUGGAUAAUUCCCUAAUCCAAACGUUUUUGGUGUUUACAGAAAUAAUCUCAUUUAAGUGUCCAUCUGGCAACCUUUACAUUACUCCAAGUCUAAAUAUCGAUGUUUUAUUUAUUUGUUUGGGUUUUUAAAGCAUCUGGCAACACGCACCACAAUGAAACCCAAAGAAGGUGUGCUUCUGAGAUUGAUAGAAAAAGUUCAAACAAGUAAUAACUGUAACAGGAAGUUGUUCUAAACGUCUGAAACACCACUUCUGUAUUAUCCUGAUUGUUAAAAGGUACACAUUUGUUCGUUAAAAUGAUAUUAAAAAUACGAGACACAAAUAAAAUAAUCGAUCACUGCUUGCUUCUUGUGUUAAAUCUUUUCCAUCUUC